AUGGCUUUCAUUUUUGCUAGUUGUCUUGCUUCCGAAAAUUUGUCUCUUCGAUUGCCAGCUCUAUAUGUUUUUGGAGACUCGUAUAUAGAUGCUGGUAAUAACAAUUUCCUUGACACAAUAGCCAAAGCCAAUUUCUUACCAUAUGGCAUUGAUUUUGGAGGAGUGCCAACCGCUCAAGUUGCUGGCCUGCCAUUUCCACCCCCAAUGCUCGGAUUGUCUGAAACCGAGAGGAAAAUCUUUGUUAGUGGUGUAAAUUAUGGCUCCGGUUCUAGCGGGAUACUGCCUCUGCCUCCUCCUGCUGUGGAAAUAUUUGGACAUAUUUUGAGCUUCGAUGAACAAAUAGAGUUGUUGAACGACACAACAAGAAGCUUGAAGGGGACCAAUGACUUAGGCAUAUAUUGGGAUCUUGAACAAAAGCGAAAGUUCCGAACUGCAGAAGAUUAUGCACUCUUCUUAUCGGAGGAGUUGUCCGGUAGAUUGGAGGCAAUAUACCAACUGGGAGCAAGGAAAUUCCUGGUUAACAAUGUUUCUCCAUUAGGCUGCCAACCUUUCAAUCUGAACACAAAAAUGCACAAUACUUCCUGUGUUGAAGAUGUUAACCAGAGAAUAGCUUUCUACAAUGGACUCCUUCCCAACUUGUUGACAAAGUUGGAAACAUCCUUGAAGGGUUCCACAUUUGUGCUGUGUGAUCUAUAUAAAGUGUUUGAAGAUGUUUACACUCAACCAGCAGCAUAUGGGUUUACGAAUGUCAAUGGUUCUUGUUGCAUUGACGAAGCGAGGAAUGGAACUAGAGGAUGCGCCAGAAAUGUUGCUCCUUGCGCUGACAGAACGAGCCAUGUCUUCUUUGACCCAUUCCAUCCGACCGAGAGUUUUCAUUUCAUUUGGAUGAGGCGCUUUUUGAAGGACCACUCUGUCUGUUCUCCAUUUACCUUGUUUGAGUUAAUGCAACUUUAA